UAUGCAGGUGCUAAUAAGAAAGAAAUAUUCUCCUGUGUCAUUUUUUGAUUAUUCUCUGUAGCAGGGUCCCUUCAUGAUCUUGACAACACUGCUAUGGCUUCUGUUAUCGACAGAAAUUCACCAGUAAACGACACUCAUAAAAUGAUAGUGACCCAAGCUUACCAACACAAAUCAGGGAGCUUUCUCUCUAAAAUAAUGGGUCGAAAUUAUUCUCUCAUACAGAGCUGUGUAUGGCCAGAAUUCAAUUCAUUUUUUGCAGUUCGGUAUAUCGGCUGCAAUCUACAACCUCAGAAAUGGAGACAGAGCUUACCGAAAAUAACUCCCAGAUGAUUCCAGGUCGCUGUUCUAAAGCUGAAGAUCGCUGCCUUAUGGUGGCAAAUUUGCUGAUGUUGGAGGAGAUAAAUCAUUUGUGAUGGUAGAUCAAAUGAAAUGAUCAGCCAUCCUAUAUAGGCGCUCUAGCUUAGAGGUUAAGAAAGUGGAGACAAAGAGUGAGGUUCUUUCGGUGCAUUCAAAUGAUGAAAUAACUCAAGAUGGUUCUGUGGAUAUGCAUGGAAAUCCAUCAAUCAAGAAAAAAUCAGGAAACUGGAAGGCUUGUCCAUUCAUUUUGGGAAAUGAAUGCUGUGUGAGCUUAGCAUACUGUGGAAUCAAUAUAAAUAUGGUGAACUAUUUAAUAAAGUGUUUCCAUCAGGGUAACUCUACUGCAGCCAAUACUGUAAACAAUUGGGCUGGAACAUGUAGCAUUACACCUCUCAUUGGGGCUUUUAUGGCCGAUUCAUAUUGGGGACGAUAUUGGACCAUUGCUGUUUUCUCUACUAUCUAUUUUAUUGGAAUGACCUUGCUAACCAUAUCUGCAUUUACACCCAGUCUAAAGCCUCUGUGCAAGGUUUCUGAUGAUGAUCACAAUGCAUCCACAGCACAAACUGGUGUUUUCUUCUUAGCACUUUACCUUGUUGCAUUAGGAACUGGAGGUAUCACCCCAUGUGUAUCAUCUUUUGGAGCAGACCAAUUUGAUGAGACAGAUGAUGUUGAAAAGAAAAAGAAGAGUUCAUUUUUCAACUGGUAUUAUUUUUCAAUAAAUAUUGGUGCUCUCCUCUCUAGCAGUGUCCUUGUUUGGAUCCAAGAUAAUGUUGGCUGGGGGUGGGGUUUUGGAAUUCCUACUGUGGCCUUGGCAGUGGCAAUAUUUUUCUUCUUUUCAGGCACUUUAUUGUACCGGCAUCAGAAACCAGGAGGCAGUGCUUUGACACGGAUAGCCCAGGUCAUUGUUGCAUCAUUUCGGAAACGACAUAUUCAAGUUCCAGAUGAUAAUUCUUUGCUUUAUGAAGUUCAAGAUAAGGAGUCUUCCAUUGAAGGAAGUCGGAAACUUGAGCACACAGAUGUAUUCCUCUUUCUGGACAAAGCUGCAACAGAAACAGACAAUGAGAAAUGUAAAGUGGGUAACAUCAAUCCAUGGAGACUUUGCACUGUGACUCAAGUGGAGGAGUUGAAAUCAAUUAUCCGAAUGUUUCCAAUCUGGGCCAGUGUUAUUAUAUUUUCCACUGCUUACAGUCAAAUGAGUACACUGUUUGUGGAACAAGGAGAUACCAUGGAUGUCAGGAUCAGUUCCAAUUUCAAAAUUCCACCAGCAUCAUUAAUUGUAUUUGAUAUACUUAGUGUCAUGUUCUGGGUUCCAGUUUAUGAUUUUCUCAUAGUUCCACUUGCACGGAAGUACACUGGGAACCAACGGGGCUUUACCCAUCUACAACGUAUGGGAAUGGGGUUGGUCAUUUCUAUUUUUGCCAUGGUUGUUGCAGCAUUUGUGGAGAUAAAGAGACUUAAGAUGGUUGCAGAGCAUAACUACUACGAACGAUCAUACAUACCCAUGAGCAUUUUUUGGCAGAUUCCUCAGUACUUUAUAAUAGGUGCUGCUGAAAUUUUCACUUACAUAGGACAAAUAGAGUUCUUUUAUGACCAAGCACCUGAUGCCAUGCGAAGUUUGGGUAGUGCACUUGCACUUACCACGCAAGCAUUAGGGAGUUACCUCAGCUCUCUACUUGUUACCAUUGUUACUCACAUUACAACAAGGCAUGGAAAGAGAGGAUGGAUUCCUGAUAACUUGAACUAUGGACAUAUUGAUUACUUCUUCUGGCUUCUCGCCAUCCUUAGUUUCCUAAACUUUCUGGUCUAUCUUCUUAUUGCAAAUUGGUACGUGUAUAAGAAGCCCACAGGAGCUCCCCAUAUAAGCAAGCAGGGCACACAAAAGGCACAUUAGCAAGCUCAAGUUUUAUAUAAAUAAAUUGUACACAUGAGAUGUUGCCAAAAGAAAGGAAAUGUGGGUUUUUUUUUUGCAACAAAGCAAAUCCAGUAAAGGUUUUUUAAAUUGCCAACAAGAUUUGUAAUAUGUGAAGAACAAGUCCUUUUGUGUGGAUUUCUCUGAAUGGACUUGCUAUAUGGCGCUUAGCUUCGUAAUCGAAUUAAGCUAUAGUUCUACA